AUGGUCGCCAUGAAUCUUUACAACUAUGACCUGGAAAUUACACAGAUUAAUGGUUAUACGUUUGAAACCCCCAAGUUAUUGGAAGGGGUGGACAAUGUCGCCAUUGCAUAUGGUCAGAGGGAUCGAUUACCUGUAGUGGCAAAGCUCUCCUAUCACGCUUUACGACUCGAACGAGAAUACCAUAUGGUGAAACGUCUUUAUCGCCACGCCGACGCCAAACAACUGCUCUGUCAGCCGCUCGAAAAACUGUCAUUGCCGAAUGGCCUCAUUGCACUCAUCUUUGCCGACUAUGGCACCAACAAGCUCGAUGCAUAUCAGCCAACAACAACACAAUCAACGUCUAUCACUGCUAGUACCACCAAUGACGACGAACAGGCACCGCCCCUCGGCAUUGGCACGUUUUUAGACUUUGCCAUCCAAUGCUGCAAUUGCCUAGAACUCAUUCAUAAGCAACAGAUUGUGCACGGUGAAAUUAAAUUGAACGCCUUUCUAUGGCCGGAAAAAGAGACAGCGAAAAUAUGGAACUUUGGAGCCGGUGCGCGUAGUUUGGAGAACAACUUGACAUCAGAGGGAUGGCGCAAGACCGUACAACGGAAUGGUGCCAACAAUUUCUGGCAGAUGCUUAUUUACAUGUCGCCUGAACAAACAGGUCGAACCACCUUUCAGCCUGACCAUCGUACCGAUCUAUACAGCUUGGGCAUCACCUUCUUUGUCGUUUUAACGCAGUCCAUGCCUUUUGCUUACAACAGUCCCAUGGAGAUCGUUCAUAGUGUGCUCAAUCGCAGAAUCCCCACUUUGCACCAAGUGCGUACGGAUGUCCCGGUCGCGAUUUCAUCCAUUGUUGAAAAAUUGACGAAUAAGUCACCUGAUGAACGGUAUUCGAGUGCACAUGGAUUGCGAGAGGAUUUAAAAGAAUGUCAGCGCCAUUGGAAGGGUGAAAAGGAAAUACAAUCGUUUGCAUUGGGCAGAAACGAUAUCGCGAGUGUCUUUACAUUACCCAACGCAUGCUUCGGUCGUGAAAAGGAAAUCGAGCAGAUCAGUACUAUUAUUCGACGAACAGCAUACACCUAUGGCCAUGUCGUUCCACGCCGGUCGCGCCUCGAUAGCAGCACAGUAGAUUCGCUCUUGACACCACUCGAAGAUGCAGACAAAAACCGAUUAUCAUUGUUCAAACGUCUGAGCAACAGCAAUAAACGUACGAGCAACUUGUUUAAACGGCGCACCGAGACGAUCUCUAUUUCUGGCAGUGCAGGAGUUGGCAAGUCCACACUGCUACGACAGAUUCAGCAAGUUGCACGGGCAUACGGCUACAUUGCCACUGCCAAAUUCGAUCGACGCAAUCCCAUGCCGUACGGAUGUAUCUUGAGAUGCAUGAGCAUCUUUUUCAAACAGAUACUGACCGAAGUGCCGAGCGAGGUGGAUCGGUUUGCCAACAUGCUGAAGGAGCAGUUGGGUCCCAUUGCACAGCUGCCUAUACUCUUACUGGACAACGUGCCUGAGAUUCGGACACUCUUGAGCGAGGCCAAGGACACUAGGCUAUCAGCAGAAUGUGAUAUUGGAGGAAGUGAAAUCAAGAUGCGGUUCCACUCGGCCUUCAUUGAAAUAUUCCAAGUCAUGGUGCGGUACAAGUUUGUAACUUUGUUUCUCGAAGAUCUGCAUCAAGCGGACGACGCUUCUAUCGAGCUCCUCGAGUCUCUUAUUUCCGCUCGUCUCAACUUUCUCGUCAUCAUCACCUACCGUCGAUCCGAGCUAUCUGAAUCCGUCAACAAGCUGCUACAGAACGAGAACGCUGCCGUCACGCACGUCAAGCUGGACAACCUCGAAAAGGACGCAUUGAUGGAUCUGGUGCGCACGCCGAUGCAUCGAAAUGAAGAAAUCGACAGCGUCCUACUCACACCGCUUGUUGAUUUCAUAUACCAAAAAACGCGCGGCAACCCAUUCUACGUGUGUCAACUGCUGACAACACUCGAGAAGAAGGGUCUUUUGUACUUUACAUGGGAGCAGCAAGGACGGUGGGAAUACAAUCUGCAGGAAAUCGAAAAGGCACUUUUGAGCGAAAUGGGUGAAAAGAACCAGGACAUUGACGUCGAGUUCCUGGUGCGUCGGCUCAAGGAACUACCGAGGGAUGGACGUAAAUUUGUGAAAUGGGCGUCGUUCAUUGGCAACAACUUUUCGUUCGAGACAGUCCGGCAUUUGAUGAUGGACUGCGAAAACGAUACGAGCUCGGCAUCAGAAUUGGACAGUGAUAACGAGUUCGACAAUGAAGAAUUCUCGCCGUUAUCAGCGUCACCACGCAAAGAGGCACCGUUGGAAAUGAAACGCAAGAAUGAUGCCAUCAAUGGAUUGCAGUCAGCGCUACAGCAAGGAUUUAUCGAAGCGUUUUCAAACGACGAAUUUGGCUUUAGCCACGACCGGUAUUCACAGGCUGCCAUGAUGCUAGCCAAGCCUGAAAAGCGCGACAAGCUUCAUCUUAAAAUCGCCUCUUACUUUAUGGAUAAGCCCAACGUUGACACGUUUUGGGUCGCAGACCAUCUUAAGGCAGCACUGCAUUUGAUCAAGGCUUUUGACAAAAGGGACAAGCACCGCGCGCUCUUGAUUCAAGCAGGCAACAAGGCUUAUGGAUCGGGUGCUCACAAUUUGGCGUACUCGUACUAUGCCGGUGCACAAGAGCUGCUGAGCCAAGACCCUUGGACGGAUGGACAUGACAGCAGCUACCAAGAAACGUUACACCUUUUUACUCGUCUGGCAGAGAUCAGCUGGUUUAUGGGAUACGGUGUGACUCCCGAUCUGCUCAACACAAUUUUCAAGAAUGCAAAGUCUGCUAUCGACCGUGCUGCAGCUUACCGUAUCCAACACCGCUAUCACUUUUCCCGCAAAGAACAUCAAAAGAAAUCAUCGAUACUGCUCGAAUGUCUAGCCGAGUUGGGUAUUGAAAACGUACGUCUGGACCUGAUGGACGAGGAGCUGCGCAGGCUGCACGAGGAGACGCGUAGUGAGGUGCUUGCUCUCGGACUGGACAAGGUCUCCGAUCUGCCUGUGUGCGAGAGUCGUUUGAUUCGCACGCGGCUUUCCAUUUUGGAAGAGGUGUGUCUAUGGGCAUACUGGAUGAACGACACCAAGGCCAUCCUAUCCAUCGGUUCUCGACUUGUGUUGAUGACACUGCAACAUGGCACAUCACCUACGACCGGCGUCGGAUUUGUAUAUUUUGGCAUCGCUGCCAUGCAACUUUUCAAGGCUUACGAGUUUGGACAACAAAUUGGCGCGGUGGGCGUAUCGCUCUGCGACAAGUAUGGUGGCAAUUCCGAGUCAGCACGUGCUCGAUAUCUCUAUGGUGCGUUUUUGAGCUCGUGGAAGCAUCACUAUCGCGACUCGUUGCCAUUGUUCCGUCAGUCGCUCAAGCAGAGUCUGUUGGGUGGCGACAGAAUCUAUGCCACAUUUUCUCAUUUGCAUAUUGUGAUGGGCAUGCUGCUGUGCGGCGAGAACAUGUCGGACACGCUACGCGAAGCCAAAAUGUGUCUCGAUGAAGUCACACGAUGGAACGAAUUUGGUACAUCCAUCUUGGUCACGACUAUCAUCCGCAUGGUAUUGGCGCUCCAGGGCAAGACUUUCCUUACCGAAGAUAAGAUCUUUGAUGACAAAGAUUUCGAGGAAGCCCCGUUUGUAGCAGAAAUGUACGAGCAAAAUCCAGAUUCCGGACUGCCUAUGUUUUGGUAUUAUGCUCUCAAAUUGAUCGUCCUGGUUAUCUACGGAUACGACGAGGCGGCGUUCAAGAUCGGACACGAGUACGCCCAGCUGGCGGAUAUGCAGCCUUCGCACCGACACACACAUCUCAUGUUGUUCUUCCACUGUUUAGCCAUGAUACGGUUGGUGAGAAGUGGCAAGGGCGACCGAGACGCGUUACUGAAGCAGAUCGAAAAGCAUCAUGAUACGCUACAGGAAUUUGCAAAGCACUCGCCUCAGAACUUGCAAAUGUUUGUUUCGUUGAUCGACGCCGAACUCGCUUCUUUGACACCUGAUAUGCGACGUACGGAGCAAUUAUACGACUUGGCCAUUGACCAAGCCAAGAGUGGCCAAUGGGGACUCGAGACGAGCAUCAUGUAUGAACUGGCCGGUGAAUACUACAUCCGCUGCGGAGCCCGUCAUGUUGGCGCCUUGUUGAUUGAUAAGGCAGUGGCCGGAUACCGCCAUCAAGGAUGCUAUGGUAAAGCCAUACAGCUUGAGCAGCUCCAUGCAAGCUCACAAAAGACCAGCGAUACGAUUUGCCGUCACAUGGAAGUGCAAACAGAGACUCAUGUUGUCAGCCCAAGGCGAGACUCGUUUGGCGACAUCAGUCUUUCUGAACCUUAUUCUGUCGACGUGUCGACGAGUGCCCAAGCGUCCCCCGAAGAGACCUUACUCACGCUGGACGUGGUGGAUCUCGCAUCGAUAUUGAAGAGCUCUCAGAUCAUUUCGAGUGAAAUGAACUUUGAAUUGCUGAUGGAACAGUUACUUGGGAUUAUCUUGGAGAAUUCCGGUGCUGAAUCGGGUGUGAUCAUUAUCAAGGAAAACUCAUCGUUCCUGAUCAUGGCACGUGGUUCACAGGCUGAAGGCUGUGAAAUCCUAAAGUCACCCAAGCUAUUGUCCGAGGAAGCCACAUCCAUGGUCAGCCGUGUGGCUCGCUACGCCAUACACACCCAAGAAUCCCUGCUCAUCCCCGAUAUUCACGAAGAUCCACGCUUUAACGACUUUGCAGCAGCAGUCAAGUCGGUGAUCUGCGUUCCUAUCACACACAAAUCUGCGAUUGUCGGCUGUAUCUACAUUGAAGGUGCCGUUGGAUCGUUGACCGCACGCCAUGAAGUUGUUUUGCGCUUGCUGUCGCAACAGAUCGGCAUUUCGGUCACCAACGCUCUCUUGUUCAAGAGUAUCCAAAAGGUCACCUAUGCCAAUGUCAAGAUGAUUGAAAACCAAAAGGCCGCUCUCGAAGAAGCACGCAAGAGUAAAGAAGCAGCAUUACGAGCCAUGAAGCUCAAAGCAGACUUUUUGGCCAACAUGUCACACGAAUUACGCACACCCUUUUCUGGUUUCUAUGGCAUGAUUUCGCUGCUUUCAGAAACUUCGCUGGAUGCUGAACAGUCAGACAUCGUUCACACUGCCAAGGAAAGCUGCGAAAUGUUACUCAAGAUCAUUGACGACCUGCUCAAUUUCUCCAAGCUUGAAGCCGGUAAGGUAGUACCCGAUCUAGGCCCACUGGCGGUGGAAGAGCUGAUUGCCGACACAUUCGAAAUUCUGAGCUCCUUGGCAGCGCGUAAAGGCUUGGAACUGGCAUACAUUGUUGAACCGGAUGUGCCCGAAACUGUGACGGGCGACUCGUCGCGUCUGCGACAAAUCUUGACGAACCUGUUGGGCAAUGCCAUCAAGUUUACGCACGAAGGCGGUGUAGUGAUCAAGUGUUGCCUCGACGAAGAAUUGGAGGAUGAUCAUGUGCGACUCAAGUUUGAAGUGAUUGAUACUGGUAUUGGCAUCAACACCGUACAGCAACGCAACCUGUUUGAACCCUUCUCGCAGGUGGAUGGAAGCACCACACGGAUGUACGGUGGCACGGGCCUGGGUCUCUCAAUCUGUCUACAGCUCGUACGUCUUAUGGGUGGCAACAUUGGCGUUAUCUCGCAAAUCGAUCACGGAUCCAAUUUUUGGUUCUCGGUUGUUGUCAGACGCGUUGGCAAAGAAGCCGAAGAAGCGCGACCCACGCCUAGCUUGCAGUUGCGACAGAGCAGUAUUCUCAUGACAACCAACCAGGACGCUACGGCCAACAUGAUGCACGCCCUAUUAGCGGAUCUGAACCUCAAACGCAACACCACAGAUAUGCAGCACGCAAUUGCACAAGCAUUGCAGGAGCGCCACGAAAUCCUGUUGUUGGACAUUCCACCCAUGCCCAACAGCUACAUUGCACAGCAGCUACAAAGUGUCGAUGAUGAUCCCGAGUGUGAUUUACACAUCAUUCUUCUUUACACUCCUGCAACAGAAGGUCACAAGGUUGCUGCAGAGGCCACUAAUUCCGCAUCGGAUCGCCGAGGCCGCAUUGUCAAAAUGGCCAAGCCUGCAAGACGCGCAAAGCUACUACGUGUACUUGAACAAGUCCUUAGUCAGCCACGACUCACUAUCCAAACGACACCUAUCCAACAGCAACAGCCCACACCAAUGGUUACGCCCAUGCCCACACCCGUGAAAGCCGUGCCUUCGCAACCCACCAGCAAGAUGGCCGAGUUCUUCACUCCCGAUGAGCUUGAAUGGUUCAGGGAAAAGCCGGUCUUGAUUGCCGAGGACAACAUGGUUGCGCAAAAAUUACUGCGGAAACAACUCGAAAAGAUGGGUUUCGUUGUCGAAAGUGCCAAUAACGGUGAAGAAGCAAUUCAGUUGUGGCAACAACGACCGGAUAACCAUUUUGUUAUCGGCUUCUUUGAUCAUCAUAUGCCUGCGUGCGACGGCGUUGAAGCAACCAAAAAGAUACGAGAAAUGGAAAUGGCCAAUGAUGAACGACCCACGCGUCUUCCAAUUAUCGCACUUACUGCGGACAUCCAGGACAGUGCCCGCGAGUAUGCGAUUUCUGCGGGUAUGGAUGGCUACUUGACCAAACCAUUGAUUCCCAAAGACCUUGCUGUCACGCUACGUAGACUCUGUCCUCCACUUCAGUCACAACAAAUCCAGCAAUCACCAUCACCACCGCCGUAA